AAGAAAUCCAAUAAAAAAGAUAAGAAAGUUUCUAAAAAUAUUGUUAUCAUAAAAGAUGAAACAAUAAAUAUGAUAGAUAAUAGAAUGGUUUUAAGAAGCAGAAAACCAAUUAAAUCGGAAAAAGUAAAGGUUGAUUAUGUAAACUCCGGUCAAAAACAAUCAAAAAUUAGUCAAGAUCAUGCUCAUGAAAUUUCUCAAAAUGAUCAUAAAGAUCACGAAAAUAUUGAGAAGAAUGUCGUAGCCAAAAAAUUUGCAAAGAAAAAAUCAAAAAUAUCUAAAUUAACUCACGAAAACGCCCCCCAAAAUGAUGAUAAUGACAGCAACGUUUUAGAAAAUAAAGAAAGUGUUAUAAAGAAAGAAUCGAAGAAAAAGUCAAAAUCAACCACAUUAACACCUGAAAAAUCUUGUCAAAUUGAUCGCAAAGAGAGUGAAGAUGUAGAAAAUAUUAAGGAGAAAAAUUUAAUAAAAGAAUUUAAAAAGAAAUCAAAAACAACCAAAUCAGCCGUCGAUGAAAUUUCCAAAAAUGAUCACAUAAACAACGAAAUUAUGGAAAAUAGCGGGACUACCCUAAUACAACAAUCCCAUAAGAAAAAGUUGAAAAACUCAAAAACAACCAAAGUUGAUUCGUCUCAAACUGGCCUUAAAGACUCUGAAAUUGCAGAAAAUAUUGAUUAUCGUAAAGAUAAAAAAAGUAUGGAAUAUGUAAUUAAAACAUCUGACAAGAAAAAAUCAAAAACAACCAAGGUCACUUCUACGAAUUUGUCCCAAACUGAUCACCAUAAAGACUAUGUUUUAGAAAAUAUUAAGAAGAAGGAUAAGAAAAUGGGAAAAUCAAAUAAAACGGCUCGCAAUGAAUCUUCCCAAAAUGAUCACAAAGAUUAUGAAAAUAUGGAAAAUGUUAUGGAGGAUGUGACACAAAAGGAAUCUAAAACAAUAACUAAGAAAAUUCGUGAAAAAGUUAUGAUAUUAAAAGAUAAAGUGUACCUCGAUGAAAUUGAUAACUCAUCUUCACAAAACAUAGAGGAAAAAUCUUAUAAUUCAAGGGCAUCUAAUUCGACAAUAAUCAGAAGAAGACGACGCAUUUCUUCCCAUCAUAAUCCUUUAAACAGUUCUGAUGAUGAGGAUGAACAAGAUGUAAGCGAAGGUAUAAUUGAAGCUCUGCCUUUGAUUGAUAAAAAAUCAGACGCAACAGUAAUGAAUCUAUCGGAUCGUAAUGUUGAGUUUUCUCAACCUUUAAGUGAAGCAAGCAAUGUCCGAGAAAGAUUGGUGAAACUGGAUGAAACUAUGAAAUCUAAUCAUUCAGAAAACAUUAUUAUUAAUGAACAACUUAAUGAUUCAAUGUUAUCUUCGAUAAUCGGAAAAAAACUACGAAUUUCUUCCCAUCACAACCCCAUAAACAGUUGUGAUGAUGAUGAACAAGAAGUAAGCGAAAAUAUAAUUGAAGCUAUACCUCUGAUUGAUAAAAAAUCAGACACAACAUUAAUGAAUCAAAUGGAUCGUAAUGUCGAGUUUUCUCAACCUUUAAGUGGAGCAAACAAUGUCCGAGAAAGUUUGUUAAAACUAGAUGAAACUAUGAAAUCUAAUCAUUCAGAAAAUAUUAUUAUUAAUGAACGAUUUAAUGAUUCAAUGUCAUCUUCGAUAAUCGGAAAAAAACGACGAAUUUCUUCCCAUCACAACCCCAUAAACAGUUGUGAUGAGGAUGAACAAGAAGGAAGCGAAAAUAUAAUUGAAGCUAUACCUCUGAUUGAUAAAAAAUCGGACACAACAUUAAUGAAUCUAUCGGAUCGUAAUGGCGAGUUUUCCCAACCUUUAAGUGGAGCAACCAACAUUCGAGAAAGAUUGGUGAAACUAGAUGAAACCAUGAACUCUAAUCAUUCAGAAAACAUUAAUAUUAAUAAACGACUUAAUGAUUCAAUGUCAUCAUUGAUAAUUGGAAAGAGACGACGAAUUUCUUCCCAUCACGACUCCUUAAAUAGUUGUGAUGGGGAUGAACACGAAAUAAGCGAAGAUAUAAUUGAAGAUAUACCUCUGAUUGAAAAAUCAGUUGUAGAACCAAUGAAUUUAUCGGAUCGUAAUGGUGAGUUUCGUCAACCCUUAAGUGGAGCAAACAAUGUCCGAGAAAGAUUGGUGAAACUGGAUGAAACUAUGGAAUCUAAUCAUUCACAAAACAUUAUUAUUAAUGAACGACUUAAUGACUCUAUGUCAUCUUCGAUAAUCGGAAGAAGACGACGAAUUUCUUCUCUCCACAACCCAUUAAUCAGUUCUGAUGAAAAUGAAGAAGAACAAGUAAGCGAAGAUAUAAUUGAAGCCACUCCUCCGAUUGAAAAAUCUAUCGUAAAGCGGAAUACUGUAACAAGUUGUGACAAUGAAAUUGCUCAACCAUUAAGUGGAGCAAGCACUGUUCCUUUGGAUUUCAAUGCGUUAAUAGAUCAAGAACCACGGCAUCCAAAAGUUGAUGAAUCUGUAAACAUGCCGUCUCUUAAACGAUUACGGGAAGAUGAACAAGAACAAAUAAAGAAUGGUAUAACACCUACCGAAAAGUCUAUUUUACCUUUAAGUGGUGUAAGUACCAUUGCUUUGGAUAUCGAUCAAACACAACAAUCAAAUGCUGAUGACCACAUUUUUCCAAUAUUGCCAUCUCCUAAAAGAUCACGGGAAGAUAAAAUAUUGAAAUGCGAUCCAAUAAGGGAAUAUUUUGAUCCUAACUAUAAAAUGGUUAAGUCGUAUUUAAACUGCAUGUUGAAACAUGUCGAGGUAAAACCGAGACAGGAUCCAGAAUGCUCGAAUACAACGCAAAUUGAAAAAGUUCCCCAUGACUAUUUUAACAGGAACAAACAACCUGUAAAACCGAUGUUACAAUUGAAAAGAAAAGGUAAAAGAACGUUGUACAAUGAGAACUAUCUUGAGGUGAAUAAUAAUGUUAAAGAAAUUGGUGUGAAGAAAUUGAAAACGUUGAAACCGAGUAAAGAUUCAAAAAAGAAUGUUAAAAAUAAAACGAAAAUUACGGAGGAACAAAAAGGUAAUACCGUAAUUAAUAAUGUCGAUUGUGAAGUUGAAAUAGCGAUGGAAAAAAUGUUUAAAUCCCAAGAAGAAAAGAAAGAAAAUCUUGACGAAGAAAAAAAUGGAAAAUGUGUCAAAAUUCGUGAAAGAACAUCGUCUGAGGACGAGCCAUGCCAGAUUAUUACCGUUACGGCCGAAAUACAUGAAGAUCCCGAAAAAUUACGGAAACAGAAGGUUACCUCUAUACCAAAACCAUUACCUAUUGUUAGAACAACACAGAAAUCAAAGAUUGCGACACUUCAAAACCUUGAUGAAAUCACAUUUGCCGAUAAAACGAGAGAUACUACUUCUAAACGAAAUCAAAUUAAUCGAAACCCACCAAAUACAAUCCGAAAUCUUCGUUCUACUGCACGAAAAACAUUACAGCUAGGACGAAAGACACCAGAACAACCAGAAAUUCUGGAAGUGUCAGAAAUCACAAAAACUAAUGGAUUAAAACAUCAACCAGAUGUGAUAUUAUCCCAGAUAACACAUAAAGAAAAUAAGGAUAAAAGAAAUGAAUUGGAAAUAAGUGGAAUUGAACAUCUUCCUGUAGAAAGUAUUAAUGAUAAAUGUAAUGAUAAGGAUCAAUCAGAAACAUUAAUGCCCGACCAACCUAUAACCUUGAUAGAAACGAUGGAAAGGACCACCAACUUUGAACCGAAAACACGCAACCAAAAAUCAAAAACCAAUCGAAGCAAAACAACAAAAGGUGGAUCAAAGGCGUCAAUAAGUUUACGAAGCUAUAAACGAAAAAGUAAUUUACAACCAAGUAGAAUAAGUGAUGAAAUGCUCAAAACCACAUGGGAUGGUGUAGAUCGUUUUUUGCGACAUUGUGAAGAGAAAAGGAAGCAAAAAUCUUUAAGAUCGAAAACUGAUGCUAGUAUUACAGUAGACUUGACUACGCGUAAUACAUUUUAUGUCGAAGAAGAAAUAUCUCCUCCAAAGAUUACAAGGAAUCUAAAUGAAACUGUUGUAAAUGAGAACCUACCCGAACCUAAAAUUAAAAUUCUUCAAAAUAUUACUAUAGAAGAACCUAUGAAACCGAUUUUAAUGCACUAUAGCACUGAUGCAGAUAUUUGGAAUUUAUCACCAGAAGCUAUACGUAAUAAAUAUGCUCAAAAAAUCAAAGAGAUUCAUCUGUUAACAGAGACUGUUGUUACUUGUAUUAAUACGGCUAAAAAGGAUUUGCUUAUUUUGGAUAAAUCGGUUAAAGAAUUAGAAAAGAUACUACCGAUGUUACAAAAUAAUAUUUAUUGAUAUAAAAUUUUUGUUACCAAAUUAAUUGUUGAAAUAGUUAUAUUUCUUACUAUAUAUUGUUUAAUGAUUUAUAAAGUUUCUAUAGUA